GCCUUCUGGGAAUUGUGGUCCCACAGUUCCUCCCACGCACGGAGGCCGCGGUGGGCCCUGUGUAGUGUAGUUGUCUGAAGCCACGGCCUGGUCCCGGGGGCCGGUCCCUGAGGUUCCUGAAGGCGCUGUUUGCGCGACCCUGGAGUCAGGUUCCCCGGACGCAAAUCCGAGUCUGGACCGUGUUGGGUCCCAGCUCGGCCGUUUUACACUGUGCUGUUCUCGGUCUACUGCGAGCCAUGCCCCAGGGGUCAGUGACAUUCAAAGAUGUGGCCAUAGACUUCUCCCAGGAGGAGUGGGAAUGGCUUCAGCCUGCUCAAAGAGAUUUGUACAGACAUGUAAUGUUAGAGAACUAUGGCCACCUGGUCUCACUGGGUCUUAACAUUUCUAAGCCGUAUGUGGUUUCCUUAUUGGAGCAAGGGAAAGAGCCAUGGCUGGGGAAAGAAGAUAAGAGAAGAGAUCUGUUUUCAGUUUUGGAUGUUUCCAUUGAGAUAUCCUCUAGCUCAGAGAUUUUUGCCUCAGUUUCAGAGUCAAAUGGUGAGAAUAAAGAGUUUUCUCCAAAAAGUGUCGUAUGUGAAGGUUACACAUCCCAGUAUUUGAUACUGGAAAGAAUGCUAACCCAAGGCCCUGAGUAUUCCAGUUUCAAAGGAGGCUGGAAAUGUGCGGAUGAUACUGAGAUGCUGCAAGGAAAUGAAGGCUGUAUCAGGCAAGUGACAGUGUCUCGUCAGGAAGCUGUGUCUGAACAUAUGAGUAUCAGUACUGUGGAGAGGCCCUAUGGAUGUCAUGAAUGUGGAAAAACUUUCAGUCGGCGCUUUUCCCUUGUGCUACAUCAGAGAACUCAUACUGGAGAGAAACCGUACGUAUGCAAUGACUGUGGCAAAACCUUUAGCCAGAUCUCAAAUCUUGUGAAACACCAGAUGAUACAUACUGGAAAGAAACCCCAUGAAUGUAAGGACUGUAAUAAAACAUUCAGUUACCUUUCAUUCCUCAUCGAACACCAGAGAACGCAUACUGGGGAGAAACCCUAUGAGUGUACUGAAUGUGGAAAGGCUUUUAGCCGUGCCUCAAACCUUACUCGACAUCAGAGAAUCCACUUAGGAAAGAAACAGUAUAUAUGUAGGAAAUGUGGGAAAGCCUUCAGCAGUGGCUCAGAACUCAUUCGCCAUCAGAUUACACAUACUGGAGAGAAACCUUAUGAAUGCUUUGAAUGUGGGAAGGCAUUUCGCCGUUCUUCACACCUUACUCGACAUCAGAGCAUCCAUACUACCAAAACCCCCUAUGAGUGCAAUGAAUGUAGGAAAGCCUUCCGUUGCCACUCAUUCCUUAUUAAACAUCAGAGAAUUCAUGCUGGAGAAAAGCUUUAUGAAUGUGAUGAAUGUGGUAAAGUUUUCACAUGGCAUGCUUCCCUUACACAACAUAUGAAAAUUCAUACUGGGGAAAAACCUUACGCAUGUACUGAAUGUGACAAAACCUUUAGUAGGAGCUUUUCCCUCAUUCUACAUCAGAUAACUCAUACUGGGGAGAAACCCUAUGUAUGUAAGGUAUGCAAUAAAUCCUUCAGCUGGAGCUCAAAUCUUGCGAAGCAUCAGAGAACACACACACUAGACAACCCCUGUAGGUAUGAAAAUUCAUUUAAUUAUCACUCAUUCCUUACUGAUCAGUGAAUUCAUACUAUAGAGAAAACCUAAGGAUUUAUGGAUAAAAAAAAAGCCAAUGCCUUAUUUUGACUUCAAAGAAGUUUUGGAAAGCCUUAUGUGAAUGUAUAGAAUGUGAAGAAAUGUGGUCCAUACUUCAUUCCACAUCCUGGGGAAAAACCCUGGGAAUAUGUGGGAAAGCCAUUAGUGGCCACCCACUAUUUGUAAAACCAGAUCAAGUCAGUCAGUAUUCAAAAGACCCUUCAUUCAACUGGUAGGAUUCCCUUACUCUACAUUUGGAAAUUCCCACCAGGGAAGAAUAAGGUCCAGUAGAUGUGAGAAAGCUUUUAGAUUAACCCUUUUUCUGUACCUGUCAACUCAAGCAGGACAGAACCCAUAAGGGUGCACUUUUUCCUGUACAGCAGAAAACUCAUAAUGAAGCAAAGCCACACAAACAGUGAUUUGGGAAUGCCUUUAUUUACUGUGCAAUAUUUAUUAAAAUUUUAAGUAUUCUUCCAAGGAGAAAAAGUAACCCUAUAAAUAAACAAUACAGAGUGACUAUCUUCAGUAUUUCAAACCUAUAGAAUUAUACUGGGGAAAAAACUGUUGUAAUGAAUAUGGCAAAAUCUUAAGUAUUCUGAGAAGUCCUAAGGAGGGAAUCUGUGUGAAAGUUUUUUAUUGGGUUUUCUUUUAAAGCAAAUUCAGAAAAGGUUACAAAUCUUUGGAUUUAUAGCAAAUGUGGAUUUGCUGAGCUUUUAUUGUAUAUAUGAUUCUGAAAAUGGAACCACUGUAAUGUUGACAUCAACAAUAAAGAAUAGUGUGCUUUUGUAGAAACAUGAACAUAAUCAUAGAAAUGUUUUUAGGUCUCUUACGGUUUCAACUUUGAGACAGGGUUUGGAUUUAAGGUUAUGCUGUCGUGUUUAUCCUUGAACAUGAAUAGACAUGUCUUAAAUCUAAAAUGUAAAUAAGGUACAUCAUAGGAAAAGGAAUUUUCCUUGUUCCAUUUACAGUGGUAUUUCUUUUGUAAGCACAUUUGUCAAAAUAAAUCAGAUUAUGUUUUCACUU